GGGAACAGCCUGGUUUGAAUUUUGCUUGCACAUCGAAACAAACCCCGCCAAAUUACAUCUAUACCCAUAACAGUUCCACCAUCACGCACUCUAUUUAUCAACUGCAACAAGGACAUAACCGUCAUUCCAACCUAUACAUCAAAACCAUCACCGUUACCGUAGCAAAAAACCACCCACCGGAGCCAAAUCUUCUAUUCCUCUCCAUUUCCCUCUCUCUAAACCAGAUCCGAACAACAACCUAAUCCUAACCCUAAUCCUGAAUCGAAUUUCACAAUUCGAUUCGAAUUUCGCGAAUCGGUAUGGGCGAUUUCAACCUCGCCCUCGUGAUCGUAGCAAUAGUGGUUUGUGUGAUCGUGUUCCUUGUCAAUGUGUACCUUCUCGUGAACUACCAGCAUCCUGAUGACGUUAACCAGGCUUACUUCCCCAAAUUCGUCGUCGUUUUGGGACUAUCGGUGGCCGCAAUCUCUAUACUUAUGCUUCCCGCCGAUGUGGCGAACCGGCAAGCUUGCCGGCACGCUAUUUACAAUGGCGCGUGUAAUCUCACGCUUCCGAUGAAAGACCUUUGGCUCGCUGUUUACAUCAUCGAUGCCAUUCUCGUCUUCUUCAUCAUUCCGUUCGCAAUGUUCUACUACGAAGGCGACCAGGACAAGAGUAUUGGUAAAAGGAUUAAGAGUGCAUUGUGUUGGGUGGUGACGACUGCUAUAGUGUGCGCUCUUGUUCUGGGUAUUUUGUAUGGGGUUGUUGGUAAGGUGGAUUUUACGGUUAGGCAUCUUUCUUCAUCAACAAGUUCAUUUCCUAGCUCAUGGGGACUCAGUAGUGGUCAACAAUGUGUUGGAAGUGGUGCCCAUCAGUGCUCAGCAUACUCUGCUAGCCCUUCAUCAGAGAAAACAUGGACUAUGCGUUCAACCUUUCCAGAAUAUGUUGUAGCUCUUGCUACUAUUGUUGGAUCUGUGCUUUUUGCUAUAUUUGGUGGUGUUGGUAUUGCUUGUCUUCCGCUAGGACUUAUAUUUUCAUUUAUCCGACGUCCAAAGGCUGUUAUCACUCGCUCACAGUAUAUCAAGGAAGCAACUGAACUUGGUAAAAAAGCAAAAGAGUUGAAAAAAGCAGCUGAGGCACUCCAUCAGGAAGAAAGAAGUGGUGCAAAGGGUAGAAAAUAUCGUAAAAAUGUAAAGGAAGUAGAGAAGGAGUUGUUUCAAUUAGAAGAAGAUGUAAAACUUCUUGAAGAGAUGUAUCCACAAGGGGAAAAGGCUGAGACAACAUGGGCACUAACAGUUCUUGGUUAUCUGGCAAAACUUGUUUUCGGAAUUCUAGGGCUGAUUGUUUCAGUGGCAUGGGUUGCUCAUAUUAUUAUCUAUCUAUUAAUUGAUCCUCCCCUUUCUCCUUUCCUGAAUGAAGUUUUCAUCAAGCUAGAUGAUGUCUGGGGUCUGCUUGGCACAGCUGCGUUUGCAUUUUUCUGCUUCUACCUUCUCCUUGCUGUGAUUGCUGGUGCCACGAUGCUUGGUUUGAGACUAGUUUUCAUCACUAUACAUCCCAUGAAGUGGGGAGCAACUCUCAUGAACUCUUUUCUGUUUAAUGUGGGCCUUAUCCUUCUUUGUUCCAUUAGCGUGAUUCAGUUUUGCUCCACUGCAUUUGCCUACUAUGCCCAAGCAACUGCUGCCCAGGAAAUAUUUGGUCACACUUUGGAGUCUCUUCGUGGAAUUAAAUAUUUGUACAAGUACAAUGUAUUUCAAAUUGCAUUUGUUGUUUUGGCCGGAUUGACCUUUGUGUAUUAUGCUGCCUUUGGAUGGAGAAGAAAAAAGCCUAGCGGCAGGUUCCAAUUGUCUACAUGAGGCGUGGCGUAGCCCUGAGGAAUAGUCUCUGAAAGUAGCUGUUGGGGGUUCCUUGUCUCUUGUCAUAUCCUUGACAAUGGUUUUUAUCUUUGGAUGUGCUGAGGCCUGGAUUUGUUUCAUGUUAGAAGCUAUAGGGUAAGCUGAUCAUCAACUGAGUAGAGAAUCAUUGUAUGCAGUCCACUCAUCAGAUGGGUUCUUGAGCUACAACUUCGGGUCUUUGCUUCUUUUGUUGCCCGUGUAUGUAUCACUAUUUUCUUUGUUUGAUUUGUGUCAUUAAUUCUGCUCAAUAUAUAUGUAAUUAAAUAUACUGUUGCUUGCGCGGAAAGAGUACUGGAUUACCACAAUACUACGAGGUUAUGCAACCCUUGCAAAAGAGAAAAUUGUACCAGCAGUUUUUGUUUUUUUUUUAUGUUCAUGUUUGUGUAGCUCAUUCUUUGUGUAAUAGAUUUCUAAGGAUAGGAACUUCUGGGCCUUUCAGAAUGUGUAUUACCGUUUUCAAGUCUUUUGCAUCUGAUGUUGAAAAUUGUUGAUUA